CCUCUGCUACGUGUUUCUCUCUUCAUCAUGUCUCUUGCUGGUAAACUUAGCGCCGAAAUUGGAAUCCACACACCCGCUGCGACGCUGUUCAACUUCUACACAACGCAGCUCCACCACAUUCAAAACAUUUCUGAUACAGUGCAUGCAACCAAACUCCAUCAAGGUGAUGAGUGGCAUAGCAAUGAUUCCAUCAAACACUGGACUUAUACAGUAGAGGGUAAGGUUGUGACGUGUCACGAAAUUAUGGAAUCCAUUGAUGAACAGAACAAAACAAUCACAUUUAAACUCUUCGGUGAAGAUAUUGAUCAGCACUUUAAGGUCUUUAAGCUCAUCUUUCAAACGAUGAAUAAGAAUGAUGGCAGUGCUACUAUUAAAUGGACUAUUGAAUUUGAGAAAAUCAUGAGGAUGUUCAACUCCCUUUUGGCUUCCUGGAAUUCUGUACCAAAUGCGUUAAAGACGUUGAUCGUCAUCUUUUCAAGGGAGAGCCCCAAAAGCAAUAAAAAGAAGGAAAACAAACGUGUUUAGCUGCAAAUGCUUAUCUAUGUAAUGCGUCUGGAGCUUGACAUUGAAGAAUAAACUUGGAGGAGCAUGUCGGUGAUUUCUUCAAGAAUGCAUUAAACUAUAGGUAAAAAUGGAAUACUGUUGAUAAGGUUUGUUAACGUGAAAAGAAAAAGAUUUGUGCUUUAUUUUCUGUUGAAAAACUGUAGCAUAUUUAGAUAUACUGUAUAAUUAUUUCUAGUUCAAUUCUAAAUGCUUAGAU